UAGGAGGAGGAGAAGGGUGAGAAAGGUGGCAUGGGAGAGGGAUGUGCAGGAGCGUGUGAAACUACUAGUGGAGGUGUUCGGGUCAGUGGGAGAGUGGAGUAUUAGGAGGAGGAGGUGGUGGGUGCUGUAGAUGGGUGAAGGAAGCAGUGAGGACACAAUAUACAAUUGUGUGGGAGAAAACGAGGUCCAGGGUGUUUCCAUUGGUGUGGGUGGAGGACUGUGUGUGCUGUGUGUGAGUGCGAAGGAGGAGGUUAGGAGGAGGAGUUGGGAAGUAGCCGGGUUGUUGGCAUUGAUGGGGAUGUUGAAAUCCCCGAGGAUGAUGGUCGGUAGCUCAGAGGAAAGG